AGCAAGAUCUACCAGAAGUUAGGGGAUUAAGGAGGAGUGAGGGGUAAAAGUAUAAUUUCGAGUGGCAAUGAAGUGGCACGUUCACCUGUCGGCACAGUGGAGAAGAGAACAACAAACCUUCUUCUCUCUUGUUCACAUUCAUAAUUUGAUGAACAGUCUUCUUCUCUGAUGCAGAAACCCUCUCCCUGAAUCUUGAUUCUCUCGAUUUUCACACAAUCAAGAUUUGAAGCAACGUUUUGAGAAAAAUCUUUGACACCACCAUAUUUGGUUGGCUGAUUGUGGGAGGAAUUAAUUCCAGAGAUAUAUAGCAGGUGAUGGUUGUGCAACAAUGGCAAAGAAGAAGGGCUUGUUCACUGUAUUGAAAAGGAUUUUUAUUUCAGAAGCUAAUUCAGAAAAGAAAGAGAAGAGAAGAAAAUGGACAUUUUGGAAGCUUAGGAUUAAGAAAAGAUUACCUUCUAUUACAGCACCUCCAGAGCACAGAACAAGUAAUGAAUCGCACGAGGAACAUAAGGAGGAAAGUGUGUCAGAUGUGGGUGAAAUCAGCCAAGUGUCUUGUAGUCGACAGUUAGAUUCCAUAGAAGAGUCAAAAGGUUCAACAUCCCCAGAAACGGCUGAUCUGGUUGUCCAAUAUCAAAUGUUUCUAAAUAGACAGGAAGAAGUUCUUGCUGCUACUCGCAUUCAGACUGCUUUCCGGGGUCAUCUUGCAAGGAAAGCUCUACGUGCGUUGAAGGGAAUAGUGAAGCUCCAAGCAUAUAUCAGAGGUCGUGCUGUGAGACGUCAAGCAAUGACUACACUAAAAUGCUUGCAAUCUGUUGUGAACAUUCAGUCACAGGUCUGUGGUAAGAGAACACAAAUUCCCGGAAGUGCUCACAGAGAUUAUGAAGAGAGCAAUAUAUUCAAUGAGAACAUUCUCAAGGUGGACACAAACGGUCAAAAGAGAUGGGACGAUAGUCUUUUAACAAAGGAAGAAGCGGAAGCUGUGGUCAUGAGCAAGAAAGAAGCUUCACUAAGAAGAGAAAGGAUAAAGGAAUAUGCAGUCACCCACCGGAAAUCCGCGGAGUCAUACCAGAAACGAAGUAACACGAAAUGGAAGUACUGGUUAGACGAAUGGGUAGAUACACAACUAACCAAGAGCAAGGAGCUCGAAGAUCUCGACUUCUCUUCAAAAACAAAACCGAAAGACGAAACUUUGAAUGAGAAACAGCUUAAAACUCCAAGGAACUCAUCACCAAGAAGAUUGAUGAAUAAUCAUAGAAGACAAGUUUCAAUGGGUGAAGAGGAACAAAGCCCUGCCGCGGUGGCAGUCACUACUCCAACUUAUAUGGUUGCCACAGAGUCAGCAAAGGCAAAGUCAAGAUCAUUGAGCUCCCCAAGGAUAAGACCGAGAAGUUUUGACACACAGUCAGAGAGUUACUCGCCGUAUAAGAACAAGCUAUGCCUGACGACGUCAAUGAUGAGUGAAGCACCAAGCAAAGUGAGGAUAGCCAACAAUGGCAGUAGUACAAGGCCAAGUGCAUACCAGCAACGGUCUCCAGGGUUAAGGGGAUUUAACAUAGGCCCUUUGAAGUCAUGCAAUAAUAAUACUCUAUUGAACGAUCUCAGCAUUAAUUCAGAAAGAUCUCUACCGAGCUGGAACAAGCAGAGCAGCUUGAGAUGAGUGUGGAUAUUGAACCCUGUAUAUAUACAUACAUACGUUCCAAUGAGGGUUACACUCACAUCAUGUGUAUCAAAAUCUUGUUUUGGUUUUUGUUUACACUACUUUGUUUAUCUCAA